CCAACAUCAAUAUACAUUUUUACAAACUAGGAUGUACUUACCAAAUAACUUCCAAGAAAUGUUGUUUAAAGCACACUAAUAAGGCAAUGAGCGAUAGAGGCACUAGACGCGGCGUCGGCGCACCAUUCUACGCGCCACCACGUCGCAAAACCUCUGCAGAGAUCAUUAGCGAAGCACGAGCUGCUAUAUAUGGAGAGAUGAGUAGUACAACGAGUGGGGCGGGAGGAGCGCUACGACCGCUGCGCACGCGGCGCCCUUUCACGCCGCGUGAACCACAACGCACGCUUUUCGCGGAUCGUGCACGCAAGCGUGACCCUCGACCGCCUAGUGCUUUUGACCUAAAGUAUUUGAGUCUGUCAGAAAGCAAUGAAGACUUGACGGCAGCUAUACUCGGCGCUCAAGUCUCCAAACUUGACGAAGACAGCUUGAAUGGUGUGCUCCUAACUGAACCACAGACCAAUACAAGGAGGAAACCAGCCAUCCGAAACCCUACACGACUAGUGCAAGACCGAUCUACGGAUGUUUGGGGCGGGUUUACUAAACUGCCCCAUCUAAGCGGUAAAAGCAAACCGCUACAUCGCAGGAACACUACAGGCCAAACUGAUGAGUUCAAAACAGAUCAGGAAUUAGCACAUGCGAUAUCAGUUAUCAGACCAUUAGGAAGCGCCGACGGCGAUAGUUCUGUUGCCGAAUAUGGAGAUUAUUGCAAAUCUCUAAGUCCCGAUGCGGGCAUUAAACGGAGGCAAUUCGCUGGAAGUAAAUCCCAAUCGUACGACGUCAGUACUAACCAGGCACUUGGAGAUAUUCCAGUCAAACAAUUGGCUGUACAGCUGCCGAACACAUCGACUGGGGAUUUCGACAGCUUAACCGUCCUAGAAUUAGCUGAAGUGCUAUCGGAGCGUACUCGUGAUGUAGAUCGCAUUUUACAAUUGAUGGAUGCGCUGCAGAACAACAUACAGAGGAAUAUUCCGUCCAGUACUCUUCGUGACAUGGUGCUGCGUUCGUUAUACACGCAUAUAGACAGCGACGAUGAAAGGGUGCUAGUGGCUAUUGCCAGAGCUAUGUUGACAAUGCGCGUCACCGGAGCACACCUAGCAGCUGCCUGUAAAUUAGUCUUCAAGAUAGCAAGAAAUGACAAAAAUGAUCACUUCUUUAGAAAUACUAAUCUGUUGGAGCUGGUGGUGGAAGGAUGCGGGCGCGCGGACCCCGUGUCGGAGGGCGAGUGCUGCGUAUACGGUGCGGGCGCGCUGCGGUUCCUGGCGCUGGAGCCGCGGCUGUGCUCGCUCGCGCACCGCGCCGGCGCCCUACACCUCGCCGCCCUGCAUCUCAAGAUACUCAACACGGCCAAAGCAGAAAACCCUAGAGCCGUAGCGGAGCAGUCCACCCACGCACUGUACCAGCUAACUGGAGCUCUGCGAAAUUUAGCGGGCGCCGGGGAGGAACACGUGCGCACGUUCGUGUCUAGUGGCGCGCUCGCGGAGUUGCUCGCAGCGCUGCAGCUCCACACGGAUCGCGACGUGCUCACCAACGUGGCGCGGUGUCUCAGCGUGGUGUCGGGCGAGGAGUCAUGCUGUGCUUGGUUGUGCGCGUGUCCGCACGCUGCGCGCGCUCUGCUGCGGGCGCUAGCCGCGUGUGCUGUUCGUGCUCCUCUCGCCGUGCGCCUGGCGUACACGCUCGGGAACAUGGCCGCAGCCGACCACCACGCCAGGCUCAACAUUUACAAUGAGGACGGUGGAGUUGAUGUCCUGCUCACAAUACUGGAGUCGUACAGUAAACGUAACGAAUAUGAAACACGGGAUCCAGUAACGGAUCCUGACCUUCAUCUAGUGGGUACCGAUUUGAGCGGAUCUGAUGGUUCAAAUGAAGAUGUUCUAAUUAAGACUGUUAGAGUGGUCGCCAACUUGUGUUUGGCCGAGAGAGCAGGGCGGGGACUGGCGGAGACACAUGCAGAGAGAACCAUCAAAGCUUUGAUGGCUUGUCUUGAAUUAGCCGAAAAACCAGCUUUAGACAUGUUGCAGGAUUUAGAUCAUGAUAGAGGAGAACGUCCAAGUUGGUCAGAACGUCGUGAAGAGUUAGCGACAGCAGCAUUUGCAACACUCAACAACAUCACUUUCUACCGCGAGCCACCAGAGCCAGCGGACCCGUUAGAUAAAAUUCUCGAUACUCUCUGUAGAGUUACAUGCCGCUGGUUGGACGGCAGUGGUUCGGCUGCAUGCGAGGCUGUGCGUGCUCUCGGAAAUUUAUCACGAUGCACUAGAUCCGCCAAGCUGAUCGUCCUUGAGGGAGCAGUGCAAAAACUUGUACCUUUCUUACAACACGGGGAAGCGGAAGUGCGGUGCGCGGCGGCGGGCGUGCUGGUGAACGUGUGCGGCGCUGGCGCGGGCGAAGAAGGCGCGGUGGCAGCGGGCGUGGCUGCGCGCGCGCUGGCUGCGGCGGCGGCGGCCCGCGAUGCACCCGCAGCUGCGCUGCUCGCGCGCGCACUCUGGAACGCGCACGCGCACCAGCCGCUGUCACACGCGCACGCGCAUCACGCGUCUAACGCACUCGCACUCUUCAUCGAUGACGAGUCAGUGUUUGCAGCGUGUGAAGCCUCGCAUAUUGGUGAGCGACGCGCCAGCGAUCCAGCCCUUUCUAAACACCAUGUGAAAUUCGAUGUAGACAACAACAACUACGAAGACGAUUACUAUGAAUUACCGCGGAAGCCGCCAUUUAUAAAAGCCUACAGCGUAGAGCCUGAAAUAAAUUUAGAUUCUGAUGAGGAUGGUGGCAGAACUAUUUGUUCUGGUGAAGAUCUCGGCUUCGAAGAGGGUGAUCUAGUUGGAGAAGAGGAAUGUGAUUGCGAUCCGUGCAGGCGACUCGCCGCUUGGGAGGAACUAGUAGGUGUGGCGAUACCUCUGUUAGAGAAACUAAGACCACCCAGAGCUGAUGCAUCUGUAGGGACAGAUUAG